CUGCAGGUGCGAGGGUGUGCGUUUCACUGUCCAAUCGACUCGAACAUGAUCUGAGCGCUUGAUCUGUGGUGGUUUGGUCUCUUGCGCAUCAACUUGAGAAAGCCGACAGUGCAUUAUAAACGGAGAACCGACAGUUCAUUACAACCAAAGCGCCGCAUAUAUUGGCCCAAAAAUAACUUUUUUUUUUUUUUUUUUCCGGCCUUUGUCCGGUCUUACGCUGGAGCUGUAGAGGAAGAGAUACGUUAUGGGGGGUGUUUAUAACAGAGAUGCAGUACCUUACCUUCAUCACAACUCCCCUGUCCUCAUAUCAUUGUGUAGCCUAGCAGGGACAGUGAGGCCAUCACGCUAAACCAUUAUGACGGGUACGACAGAUUUCAGCCAUGCCAUGGGCGAUAUUGAAACCAACGGCGCCAAUUACGAAUAUAUUGAGAGUUAUACAGACGAGGUCUGUAACAAGAACGGCGUUAUCAAGUUUGGCUCCAUCGCCACCCCUGCCUUCUUCUCUGUGGUGACUAUCCUGAGUCUAGCGGGCAACAUCCUGGUCCUGGCCAUCCUGGCCAAGUACGAGAACCUCAAGUCUCUCACCAACAUCUUCAUCCUCAACUUGGCCCUAUCUGACCUGGUUUUUACCUUUGGUCUGCCCUUCUGGGCAGCCUCCCACAUCUGGGGCUGGACCUUUAGCCUGAUCCUCUGCAAGACCGUUACCUUUGUCUUCUACGCUGGCUUCUACAGCAGCGUUUUGUUCCUGACCAUCAUGACUAUCCACCGCUACCUGGCCGUGGUGCAUCCUCUGUCCGACCAUGGUUCCCAAAGGGGCUGCUACGGGGUCACAGUCUCUCUCGUCAUCUGGGUUGUUAGUUUUGUGGCGGCCGUCCCUGCUUUGAUUUUCAGCUCUGUCCAAAAGAACCCCCAUGAAGAAGACAACCAUUUUUACUGUGAAUACUGGGAUCCACUGUGGAAGAGAGUGGGCAGCUACCAACAGAACAUCUUCUUCUUGGCUGCUUUUGCAGUGAUCGGGUUUUGCUACGUGAGGAUAUUGAGGACAAUCUUCAAGUCAAGGUCACACAUGAGGAAUCGAACCGUGAAGCUGAUCUUCAGUAUCGUGGCAGUAUUUUUCAUUGGCUGGGCGCCUUACAACGUGGUGAUAUUUCUGAGGUUGUUGACUGACUACUCCGUAGCACCUUUCAAUGCUUGUGAGAUCAGCACAUGGCUUGACUAUGGGUUCUAUGUGUGUCGACUGAUUGCUUUCUCCCACUGCUGUCUCAACCCUGUCUUCUACGCAUUUGUUGGGAUUAAGUUCAGAAAUCACUUGAAGGUGAUCUUGCUGAAGCUUUGCCAUCGCCAAAGCACCAUGGAUACACAACAAAUUAGAUUACCUAACAUUUACUCGAUGGGAUCAAUGUACUAGCACAGGGGUCUUCAAUCUUUUCUUGCCCAGGGACCCACGCCAGGCAAACCGGCGACCCAGGGACCCGAUCAUAUGUUAGCAAAAAAAAAAAAAAAAAAAAAAGAAGUCACAUCUUGUCAAAUCAAAAUCUAAUUUAUUGGUCACAUACACGAGUUUAGAAGAUGUUAUUGCGGGUGUAGUGAAAUGCUUGUGCUUCUAGCUCUGACAGUGCAGUAAUAUUUAACAAGUAAUAUCUAUCAGUUUCACAACAACUACCCAAAAUACACGUAAAUCUAAGUAAGGAAUGGAUUAAGAAUAUAAAUAUAUGCCAGAGUGGCAUUGGACUAAGAUAUCGUAGAAUAGUAUAGAGUACAGUUUAUACAUAUGAGAUGGGUGAUGCAAUAUUUACACACAAUUAAAGUGACUAAGAUAUCGUA